UGAAAAACACGCUGCCACUUUUGAUUAUUUUUUCGCUGCAGAUGCAUUACUUCGUGAUGGUGACAAACGCCCCAUAUUGAAAACGCAUCACAUCGCCGUUCUUAUGGGGUUGACUAUUUAG